AUGCAAAGCGCUAAUAUUGUUCCUAUCCCUUCUCCCACUGCUUCUGCUGCUGCUGCUGCUGCAACUGCGAAGCCCUCUUUCUUACUGCUACUAACAGUAACAAAAGCAAACCCGCCUUCAAAAACCCCAAACUUUUCGGCGAGUGUUUACUCGUCUUCUUUUAUAAAACCAAACCAUUCCACCGUCUCCCAUUCCAGUUGCAGACCUCAUGCGCAGUGCUUAUCUUCAAACAAGUUCGAUUCGGCCUUCUUGUCUCAGGAUGACGAGGAUGAUGAUGAUGACCAAGCGGUAUCGGAGGAUGGUAAUGGUGACGUAAGCAUAAAUAUGGAUGCUGCGGCGGAUGAUAUUGAUAUUGAUAUUGAUAUUGAUGUAGAGAUAGAGAAGACGGGAAAUAACUGUCGGAGGAUCCAAUCAGAAAUUGGGAUAGAGGCCCCACUCAACACCGUCUGGAAUCUCUUGACUGAUUAUGAGAGAUUGGCCGACUUCAUUCCGGGACUUGCCGUCUGUCGAUUGCUCCAUAAGACAGACAACUACGCUCGACUUUUUCAGAUUGGGCAGCAAAACUUGGCAUUUGGGCUGAAAUUCAAUGCUAAAGGAAUCGUAGAUUGUUAUGAGACUCCGCUUGAGACCCUUCCUAAUUUGGGUCACAGGCGUGAUAUCGAAUUUAACAUGGUUGAAGGUGACUUUGAAAUCUUUCAAGGAAAAUGGUCUCUUCAACAGCUGAAUGGGGAAAUAUCAUGUGACGACUCUUUGAUAGAGCAGCAAAUGCACACAACUCUUUCCUACUUGGUUGAUGUAAAGCCAAAGCUGUGGUUGCCCAUUCGGCUUGUUGAGGGUAGACUUUGCAAGGAGAUAAAAAUUAACCUUGCAUGCAUCCGAGAAGAAGCGCUGAAACUAAAUCACAGUAACACUAUGCAGCACACUCGUUAA